AUGACAUACACCGUAGCCGGCGCCAACGUAUUUGGGCAAUGGUUUACGGAAGAGAACUUAUUUCCUUAUUUUCACAAAGUGUCUUUAAGUGGAGAUAACUUGAAAUUGAACUUCUCUAGGAUCAGAUUAGUAGACGCUAAUUGGGCCUACAAUAUAUUCCAAAUAGAUAACGACUAUUACGUGUCUGGUGCAUGGCGUGGUCAGGAAUAUCAAUUAAUUAAAGUUGAAUUCCCAGAAGAAUGCAAGAAUGUCAAUGAAACUGAUAUUGUAGUAGCUGGAAAUGACUACGAACUUAUAUUUGUUAGCAAAAAGAUGCGAAUACUUUGGGUAAUGGAGUUCGACAAAGAAGAAAUAAAGAAAUUUAAUUUUACAAGUGACAUUCCACCUGAGCCAGAACCUGAAAAUGUUGUGAAGAAGUUGCGAAAGGAAGAUGUUAUUGUGAAGACCGUCACUAAUAACAAUACUUAUUUAUUUUUAUCUUCUGAAGGCAAUGUUUAUAGUGGUGUACCUCCUGUGCAGUUGGACACAAGACACUGUAUGGGGAAAGUCUGUGACAUUCAGAGUGGAUAUGAACAUUGUGUUCUGCUUACUGACGAAGGCAGAGUGUAUACUUGGGGCAAUGGAAGGAGGCUUCAGCUUGGGCAUGGUGACAUCAGCAAUCUAGAAUCUCCUGCACAACUAGAAGCACUUGCAGGUAUAGGAAUAAUAAAAAUCAGCGCAGGAGGAUGGCAUUCACUAGCUUUAAGUGAAUUUGGUGACUUAUAUGCAUGGGGCUGGAAUGACACUGCACAGCUUGGUAUAAAAUCACAAAGCCCUAAAAGCUACUCAGUACCAACACUAGUUGAUUUUUUUGAUGAAAAUGGGGAAGAAGUUAGUUUGAAUGUUAAAGACAUUGCAUGUGGAUCUAAGCAUUCUGCAGUACUACUAGAAGAUGGCACAAUUUGGACAACUGGAUUAAAUAAAUAUGGUCAACUGGGUUUUCCUCCUGAAAUGGAACCAGUAGUCAAUUGUUUUAAAAAAUCUUUUCAAUGUUCUAAAAAUAUUAAACUCAAAUGUGGACCUUGGUCUACCAUUGUGAUUAAUAAAUAAGUAAUGCCAUGCUUUUCAUCUGAGUUUGAAAAUCCUUCAGAACAAGUUUCACAUCACUAUUUUGUUUUAUACAGGUGUAUAUUAAGUCGACUUCAAGCUAGGAUGGGGAUGU